CAAAACCAGCCCCUCCCUUGUCAUUCCUUUGCAAAGUUUGCAUCCGGUUAGCUUGUUCUUUGAUCAAUGGCAACUAAAACCAGUUCUUGUUCCUCUUCUCUGAGUCUCUUCUCUUCUCCUUUGACUAUUGAUCAACUUAUUGAUGUACUUAAUCUGUUGAAGAGAUGUGGUUUCCCUCAGAGGAGAUGGAAGGAACUAGGACUGACACUAGGACUACUCAUGGACUCACUGGAAGCUAUUGCAGAAAACUACUCAAAAGUAGAAGAUCGUUUUAUUGACUGCAUUGCCAGAUGGUUGCGUAGAGCUGAUAAUGUUGACAGUAAAGGAGGAGCUACCUUUGACUCACUGUCAGAUGCUCUUAAAUCUAUGAAUGAGAAUGCUGGAGCUGACAAGUUAGAUCAAGAGAAACGUAAAGCUAAGGCUAUUGGUAUAUUCAACACUCAUCAUCCACUCCUCUCUCAGUCUCUCUCUGAUCCUGUCACUGUAGCUAUUAUGCUUCAAAGAGAGGGUGUCAUAACAGGACAAGUAUUGGCUAGUGUGGAAUCAGCUAGUCCCUCUGUUCCUAAUCAACGUGAAGUCCUGUUAGCUGCCAUUAUAGUAGCUAUUGAAAGUAAGUAUAGUUUACUACAAACAUUUGCUAGUGUGUUGUGCAAGUUCACUGGUAAUGUAAGACUAGGAACAGUUAUACAAAGUGCCUACGAUAAAACAUUUAAUGGCAAUAGACAGUUGAUACCAUCAGAUGAAGCUCAAGAAUCUUCUGAAUCUUCUUGUUCUGAUUCCAAUAAAUCAACACCUACCAAUGUUGCUCCUUUUUACAUUCCACAAUAUAAAAGUAGAGAUUUCGAUGUGCUUUAUGGAAAAUUUGCUAAAAUGUUUUCUAACGUUCGCAAAGUUAUUUCUAAAUGCCCACCUUCUUUGGAAGAUCUUAAGACCUUCAUUGAAGAUUUCAACUCUGAUCUUGAAGGAGAGUUGAGUAUGAUUAGUAAUCUUCAAGGUGUCAUGCGUCUAAUUAGGAAGAAUUGUAGUCUCACUAAUAUUGUGAUCCUUGAAGCUGUUGUUGAGCACUUUGAGAUUGAUGAUGCUCAGAAAUACAUUGAUGAUUACAAGAGGGAAAUUGAUGAGUCAUGUCGUAGUCUAUCAGUUGAUCUGUGCUUGAAUGAGCCAUUUGAUGUAGUUCAGGCCAGUCCUCCUCUUAAAUGUGAAACAGCUACUUACCUGUACGAGAGACCAGAGGAGGUGGGGGAGGGGCAGGAUGACGAGCGGAAUAACGUACCUCAAGAUACUUUGAGUCUCUGGGAAUGUGUCGGGUAA